GUUUGGCGAAUUAAAAUAUAUUAAAACCAAUUUAAAUUUCUAUUGACGUCUUUCACUGCAAAUUUUUAAAAUGCACCAAAAAUAAGAUUUGCGCUAAAAUUUUGUGCGAGUGGGAAAAUAAGAGAGAGAGAGAGAAAUAAAACUAAUUGGAAAUUGCAUUUUUUUUUUUUAAAUAACUGCUUAGGAUCCACUAUGGAGUGUAAAUAAUUCAUUGUGAACAGGACAUUUAAAACUUAGGUUUGGUUAGUCGUACACAAAAAUCCUCGAUAAAUAUAUGAUAUAAAUAUUUGUGUACCAUUUUCUAAUCAAAUAUGACUUUAUUUUUAAAUGGUCUAUAAAAAGUUUAGUUGCUAGUUAACUCAAAAAUAUCUCAUUGUGAAGGAAUUUAGUUCAUCAGCUGAUACUCGCAGUGAUUACUUUGACAUUGGCGUGACAUUUUUGGAAGGCGAUAGCGUAGCAGCAAUCAUCUGGCAAUAUUUUUACUAUUUUGUGAGAUUAAUUUUCAUUAAUAUAGUGAAUUUGUACAUAUUAAAAAAUUCGUGGGGCUAAGAACAAAUCUUACAUAAGGAUAUUGCAGAAAGGGGUGUAAGGGCUGUAACCAUAAGAGCCCCCAGAUACGGCUCUUAAAAUAGUUUGAUCUCGCUUGCUCUUACAAAGAAGGUGUUGCUUUGGAAAGCAAAAAAAUGCGCUCGCGCAGCAAUUCGGGCGUCCGGCUGGACUAUUACCAGCGUAUAGUGCACCGUCUGAUCAUGUCGCACCAAGAACCUGUCACUGGCUUAUUCCCUGCCUCCAAUAUUAAUUCACAUGCUUGGAUACGUGAUAAUGUUUAUUGUAUAUUGGCCGUAUGGGGUCUUUCGAUGGCCUAUAAGAAAAUUGCAGACCAAGAUGAAGAUAGAGCUAAAUGCUACGAAUUGGAACAAAGUUGUGUCAAAUUAAUGAGGGGCUUACUUAUGGCUAUGAUGAAUCAAAAAGAUAAAGUAGAACGAUUCAAAAUGACACAAAACCCAUUGGACUCAUUGCACGCGAAAUAUUCGAGUAAAAAUGGACAGCCAGUUGUUGGAGAUGGGGAAUGGGGUCAUUUACAAAUCGACGCGGUUUCUUUGUACCUUUUGAUUUUAGCACAGAUGACAGCAUCUGGAUUACAGAUUGUAUUCUCUUUAGAUGAAGUUUCAUUUAUUCAAAAUUUGGUAUUCUACAUAGAAUCAGCAUAUUGUAUUCCAGAUUAUGGUAUAUGGGAGCGAGGCGACAAAACUAAUCACGGUGAGCCAGAACUAAACGCAAGUUCAAUUGGUAUGGCCAAAGCAGCUCUAGAAGCAAUGAACGAAUUGGAUUUAUUUGGUGCUCGAGGAGGUCCUGCAAGUGUUAUACAUGUUUUAGCAGAUGAAGCACACAAAUGUCAGGCUGUCUUGCAAUCUAUGUUACCACGUGAAUCAAACAGUAAAGAACUUGACUCGGGAUUGCUUUGUGUAAUUGGAUUUCCAGCGUUUGCUGCGGAUGAUCCACAAUUAAUACGUAAUACGAAAGAUGCCAUUUUAUCACGACUUCAAGGAAAAUAUGGGUGCAAACGCUUUUUACGAGAUGGUUACCGUACACCCAAAGAGGAUCCAUCUCGUUUAUACUACGAACGUUGGGAACUCAGAAUGUUUGAAAACAUCGAGUGCGAGUGGCCUUUGUUUUAUUGUUACCUCAUCCUUUUCCACGCUUUUCAAAAUGACAAAUUAGCGGUAAAGGAAUAUGCAGAUCGUCUUGAGAAAAUUAUGGUCCGAGCAGACGAUGGAACAUUACUUAUACCUGAAAGUUAUGCAGUUCCGCAUAAUUUGGUAUCAAACGAAUACCAACAUCCCGGCUCGCAACCGCGUGAAGUAGUAGGCAGAUGUCCAUUCCUUUGGGGACAAUCUUUGUUCAUAUUAGGUCGACUAUUACAGGAGGGCUUCUUGGCAGUUGGAGAACUAGAUCCGCUUAAUCGUCGUCUAGGUGCCCAAAAGAAACCUGACGUUGUUGUGCAAGUGGUAAUCAUAGCUGAGGAUAACGAAAUACGUGACAAGUUAACAGAACAUGAUUUGCAUGUACAAACAAUAGCUGAGGUGGCGCCAAUUGAAGUACAGCCAGCUCGAGUUCUUAGUCAUUUGUACACGUAUUUGGGUCGUAAUCGGAAAUUAGGAUUAACAGGGCGUAAGUCUCGCGAUGUGGGUAUUUUGAGCACCAGCAAAUUAUACUCACUUAAGGAUCGUAUUUUUGCCUUUACACCACAAUUUGUUGACUUGAGUCGAUUUUAUAUCGCAUCUGAUAAUGAAUUAAUGAUUGACAUCCUGAAAGGAGAGAUAAAUUUCCUAAAAUCCGCUUGGGAUCUGCUGGGUCGUCCGUUAGUGACUCUAGUUUUGAGAAAAAUUCAUUUAGAUCAAGAUAAAAUACCACUGGCUAUGAUCCAAACAAUGCGUAAGCUAAAAUCUGGAUAUAUUAAUGGCACUCGAGUUAUGUUGGGCAACCUUAAGGACUUCUUAAAUACGUCGGCCAUCACCGAUCUAAGCUUUUUGGGUAGCACAGAAGAUGGUUACCCAGAUCGUUUGAAUCCCGACGUACAGGCAUAUUUGGACGAGCACUUGUUACGCUCAUUUAGCCAUCGCGGCAUGAUGAAACUACAUGGCGCUCAUUUGCGGCCACGUCAAUUGCGCAGGCGUAUGUCUUGCAAGGGUGCCAUUAAAAAAACACGUUCAAUCAAUGUCGAUUCUGAUAAUUUGGGUAUGGAAGGUCCGACACCAUUAACGGAAAGACGUUUAUCAUCGGUGAUUCCGCCACCAUGGUUGCUGCCAAAUAAAGCUAACAAUGUCAGUGUUUUUGCAACAACACCAGAAGAAGGUCCCACCAUAACAGUGGACCCAUUGAUUCGUGAAAACAUCUACCCCAUUGAUCCACAUCAUAGUCGUUCGGCCAUUGAACGCCGCAGUGAGUUUACAAGACAACAAGAAAUACAAGCUAUACCGAAAAUUCUUGUUCAACGCCAUCGCACCGAUACCAAUUUCGCCGACACAGAAGUGGAGGAAUUAAUUGCAAUGUUGCGUGAAACGGAGAAUCUGGAAGAACAAGGAGAUAUUUUGCAAUAUUUGGUCGACACACAGGGUUUGGACUUCAAUACUGCUGGCUUAGGUUUGAGGAAUAAGGAUUCCGACGUUGAGCAGGAUGAUGCGGAUGAGGCCAUUGCUGUUGCUUCAGUCUUAAAGGGCGAGUCAUGUGACAAUACAGAACUCCUACCCACGGUUAUCAUUGACUCUACUCUUACUAAUUCUACACUUCUUCCCACUGAAGGGAUGUUGGAGGACGGUCGCGUCGUUACGGUGCGUGAUCUUCUUAAAGGCCUAUACGAAAAAGCUUGCCAACAGAAGCUUUGGGGCCUCGUGCGUCACACAGCCGGUAUGCUUGGAAAACGUGUCGAGGAUCUAGCCAAGGCUGUCACCGAUCUGCUGGUUCGACAGAAGCAGGUGACUAUAGGAAUGCCACCCAACAAUGAGUACACAAUUACUGCGCCUUUACCGGAGAUUGAGUUACGUCAACUGAUCCAUGAUACUUAUGGGGAUGACGAAAGUACUGCGAUGUUGACGCAGGAAUUAAUGGUGUAUCUAGCUAUGUUUAUACGCACCGAACCCCAACUAUUUCAUGAAAUGUUGCGCCUGCGCGUAGGUCUCAUUAUUCAGGUCAUGGCCAAGGAGUUAUCACGUACACUUAAUUGUGACGGUGAAGCAGCCUCGGAACAUUUGCUCAACCUGUCGCCAUUUGAAAUGAAGAACUUGCUCUAUCAUAUACUGAGCGGAAAAGAAUUUGCUGUGAGCAGUGUUGCACGUGGAAAUCUCUCAAUCGUAAGCUGUAAAUCAAGUCGCGUAAGCAAGAAGAGUCAAAUUGGUUUGGGCGAACAAGAGGGGGAUGAUGCACUUAUAGCAACAAUCGAUGAUCGUCAAGGUCAAUGGCUAAGACGCCGCCGCUUGGAUGGCGCACUGAAUCGAGUGCCACGUGAUUUCUAUUCUCGCGUCUGGAGUGUACUUGAAAAAUGUCAAGGAUUGGCAAUCGAAGGACGCAUAUUACCACAGAGUUUGACCCAAGAAAUGACAACCGGCGAAUUGAAAUUUGCUUUAGAAGUGGAAACAGCACUUAAUCAAAUUCCACAACCAGAAUAUAGACAAUUGGUGGUGGAAGCCCUUAUGGUGCUCACACUUAUGACCGAACAUAAUAUGGUACCCUCACUGGGCGGUAUUAUCUACGUUGAACAUUUGGUGCACAAAGCCAAUCAAUUGUUUCUAGAAGAUCAACGUAAAGUGCAAGGUGAUGCUAUGCUAUGUUGUGCCAAAUCCAAAGAGGGUAAGGACCAGCAAGCAGCUUCCGGUAUGCUCUUAUGUGGCGGUGCAGCUUAUAUCUGCCAACACCUAUAUGACAGUGCCCCCAGUGGUAGCUAUGGCACUAUGACAUAUAUGGCUCGUGCAGUUGCUCUUGUUCUGGACUGUGUGCCAAAGCAUGGGGAAAUGGAAUGUGUAAUAUCCUAAAUAGUUGUACUAAAGGCGUAUGCUACUACUUUGCUCUAACUGUGGGAGCUAUCUAUUAGUCAGGUUUAAUCCGCAGCACUUAAACUAUUUUUAACUAGCUGCUACCUAUUAUAUAAGUGUAUAUAUAUAUAUAUAUAUAUAUGUAUACAUAUAUAUUAUAAUUUAUAUAAAUAUAUAUAUAUAUAUAUACAUAUAUAUUCGACAACAAAUUUGUUUAUAAUGCUCGAACCAUCGUAAGAUAAUUUUAAUUGAGUCACUUGUAUCGACGUAUUUCUAGCAGAAAGGAGCGGAGCAUCCGUAUGACACCAUAAUUGUAUUGAUAUUUUUCUUGUUUUAGUGGAAUUAUUGAAAUAAAGUUUUUUGCAAAAAUA